CUAUCUAAGUAAAUUUUAAUUGACACCUACAUUCUUUACCUCCUUCAUAAGCCCAUCAACAUUUUAUGAUCCUUUACUCCGUUCACUCCACAACUUCGAAGGCCCAGAUAUGACUUCCAAUCUUCCACGAUUUCCCAGAGAAAAUGUAGUUCCUCUUAAAUUCCUUGGCGUUCCAGAUGGUUUGGCUACUCCCAUCGACCUUUUAUUCCUUGAGCCUUCCGAAAUAGCCAGGAAGUAGCGAUUCAUUGAUUUGUAGUGAAUUUUGUCGGAUUGGAUAUCCUUUAGGUUUUGACGAAAGUGAGCAGCGUCGUCCAAAGCCACCUCGGUCAUGGAAAUCAAGACAGUUCAUUCUAACCACCACCAUUGUCAAUGAUUCUGCAGAGUCCUCUAGAAAUGCUGUCCAUGUAAGUCUUAUGUUCGGAUAGAAAAAGGGCAACAAUCCAUUCCUCGAAGAAUUUGCAUAAGCAUGAGUUUAAUGAAAUCAAACUCCUUGGUGGGCAUGCCGGUAGCACUUGCGCUGCCUACUGAUUCCCACCGUCACUGUCACUGUCAUCGUCUUUGGCGGCGUCGUGCUGUCCAACGAAAGCAUCAUCAUCGCCCCAUUUGGAGUCCCCACUGCAUUAAAUAACGCUAACCAAGUCGCACUUAAUCCUGACUAUCCCCAUCAAUACCUGCCUCUCUGUAACGCAUCUAAGCACUUUAAAUUCCGUCACCAAUGUUUGGCUCCCAUUUCUUAUGUGCUUCCGGAACUUUCAGAAACCUUUUGUACAGCGUAAUGCUUUUAGGUUUACACGCUCCGGCGUCCCAUACAAAAGAAACGGCAUGAAGAUAAUCGACCAAAAUAAACCUCAAGGCCAAUGGGAUUUCGAAGACCAUGCCUUCAUCACUCCACCAAAGCACCCUUCAUCGUAUGUCUGCUCCUUCUUUAUACAUUACUUGGCCUGCACCAGAAAUAAACCCCAUGGCACUUCCUUGUAUGUGAAUCGCGUGGUAUUCGACAUAUCGUCUAGCACGAGAAGUAUUAGAUCGCAUAGCUUGCUGAUCUGACAGUCUACUUUUUGUUCGUAAGAUGCUUGCUGGAGAGGGAACACCAUUAACAUUAUCAAAAAGACCAUAAUCGUUUCGUGCGCCAAUUAGCAGCAUAUCAGGAGACAAAAGAUACCGCCGCGGUAAGGAUGCCUGACUUCAACUUCGUCUUCGUCCCAAUCCUUAAAUGGUAUCAAGCUACGAAAGACAUUGGAAGAAACUUAUUCAGAGCAGUUGUCACGUCCGCCGUCUUGAACUUUCCAUGGUAUGACGGCACCAUUUCCAUACCAUAUUGCUUGAUCGGCACGGCUAAGGAUUUCUCAUUAUUUUCCGAGAUGGACCCCAGAGAUCUGUUAGAGCUUCAAUGGUCGAAGAUAGACAUAAAGGCGCAUUUUCAGCACGAAAAUCAUUAUGGAAGUUAUGGAAAACUCAUGGCUUCUUCGUUCCUAAAAAUCUAUCCAUGCAUCGCAGUUGUCGACGGCGUAUUUUUACCCUUUGUCCACCCGUAUUGAAAUAUGCGGAAGAUCACCAAGUCGAUCCAAUGUAAGUCUAAGCAUCAUGAUAUCGAAACGGUAAUGGAAUGUGAAA